CAACGCUUUAGAUAAGUUAAACUCCGCGAUGAUCAACCUAAGAAUUGUCAUAAAAGUGCGUAACAAGUUUUGUAUAAUGGUCACAUAGAGAGUGAGUUCAGUAAAGUUCACUAAGAGAAUAUGGCUAAUGAACACGCAUAAAAAGUUGGCGGGCCCACCAUGCAUAAGAAUUAUUAGCAUUUAUUAGCGUUUCGACGUUUUGCGCGUAGACUUCGAAAAUUCAGUGUAGUCGGGUUAAAAAGUCUUACAUUAAGGUUUUUCUCAAAGUAUAUAAAAGACUCGGUCUUUUCUAUACUCCUUAUCUUUCACACUCCCCAUUUUCCAUACACCGCGUCUUGUAUACUCCAUGUUUUCCUCGGGCCUCAUUCUGCAUUCCGCGUUCCACACUCCUUCUUUUCAAUCCACAUUCCAUUAGAACUCACAUUUGGGGGGUCAGAUAAUCCCAUUCAGUUUUGCCAUCUACAGUAUUAAACAUAAUUCCAAAAGUUACCUUCCCGCUUUGCCCGUUAUUCAACCAACUGUGCGAUGACCGGUUAACUUCAUUUGUCGAUCAUGGACAAAUCUUGGCCUGUACUUGUCAUUUCGAUAAACAGAAAGGGAAUAUUAGUUACGUGACGGUGUUCUAAACGAAGAACGAAGGGUUAAAAAAAUAAAUCGAUGCUGGAACUCGGGAGAAUUUGCAUUCACAUCGGGCUGAAAUGGGUAAUUAAUUCACUAAGUCGAUCAUUUAAUUCAUUAAUUAAGUGGAAAUUGAUUCCGCUAUAUAUAAAUGGUUGGACAGUUGCCUGACAUACAAGAAAGACGAUUUCGUGCUUGUUUACAAAGAUAUCGACUUAAUGCAAACAAUAGGUUCUUUAAAUGUUAUCUCGAGACAUGCCAGUGAUUUUCAUACAGGGCUUGGCUUCCCGGAAUAUGUAAAACGCGAUCCUAGCCUUAAAUCGGCAUCCUUCCACAAACAGCAGGUCACCAAACAAGUCUUGUUGCUAACUAAAUUGUUUUCUCGAAAUCACUAAUCGUCUUAAAAUAGCUGAUCCCUCAAUAUUUAUCUUUCGUCUUUCGGCGGGGUUUCAGUGAGGUGCAGAAGAUUUAAAUGCUUGUCAGCAAUUAUGUUCAGAGUGACAGUGUCAUGUAGCUCCCUUGAGAAUGCUAACACUUAUUGGCUGAAAAGUUUCCCGUAUUUGUUGAUGUCUGAGACACCGCGAUCAUUGCAGCCAAAAAAUGCGUCUGGCAGUUUUAGUCUGAAGUGGAAGCGGUCGGUGAAACAGGCGCUUCGGCCGAAAGAAACAUGCUUCAAGAAAAGAACAACCUCAAAGUUGGGUUUACGAUCCGUAAAAAUCGAUUACUAUGGUGCUUAAUCGUUCUGUUAACAAUCUUCUUAGUUGUGGCCAUUGGAAUGUUUGUUUUCCUUUCACUCAACGCCAAAUACCAGUUUACGUGCCUGUUGGGAUGUAAACAGUCUGAAGACCCAUCGGCUCACGAACAGAUUUCUGCUUCGGUGGCAACGACUGUCUCAGCGGGUACUCUUGGCAACUUCAAAACGUCGAGUCCUGAGAUUCGACAAGGUGACAAACCAACGCAACAACAAGCAGUAAGCACCGACAAGUCGACAACGGUUAUCAAGAUUGACGGCGAUACCGUGAUCAUCCGUUCGACAACGCCGAUUAUCCGUUCCAGCACACCGUCAACAAGAGCCAGCACGCACUCUGCAAUCACCAAAGCCAACACGGCGAUUGCCAAAUCACGUUCACACGGGAAAUCCACCACUGCACGCCGUGUAACUCCGCCAGCUAACACUUUGAAUCUCCGAACCACAGCUAAACCGCACAGCCAGAGCGGUUACAUCAACAUAAGAGGUAAAAUUUCUUUCCAAGGCAAAGCUCCAAAACGACUGCCGCGAAAUUCGAGCUUGACAGUUGAGUUUGAAGAUGUUUCCCGUAUGGAUGCACCUUCCCUUCUGCUCGCUAGAACUGACGUGGAUUUGUCGCGGUAUCGCCGAGGCAGACCUCUUUUCUACACGAUCAACUGCAAGAGACCUGAGCUGGCGCACACAUUUUACAGCAUUUCAGCUGUUUUGAACAUGGGCUGGAAACCAACUGGUAAAGACGACUGGCUGAGGAAAGGGGACUUCUUCAAUGAUAUGUUUUUGCGAGUUCACAUCAAAAACGGCAAGAGUCACUAUGAAAGAAACAUUCAGCUCAUUAAAUACAAACCGUAACCGAGGAGGGACGAAGAUUGACGAACACAACCCGAGCCUUUACGAAGAUUAACGAAACUAACUUCAAAAUUUACGAAGAUAAACUGACCUGACUCGAGCUUUUACGGUGUCCGCCGGAAAUAACUGGGCUUGAAAGAAGUCUAACAAGCGUGUCUCGAAUAUUCACGAAAUGAACUUUUGUCUAAAGUAAUGUCCUCGGAAUCUAAAAUAGCUAUGGGCAACUGAAACUGAAACAUUGCCCUGUUCUGUACAGCUUUUUCAGAAUUUGUUUGCGGUAAAAGGCAUGCUGUAAAUACCCACCCCUCCCCCCUUCAAGUAUCAUCAGUUUUAGCUUAGAGCUCACUAAUAACUGGGUCAAGCCUAAGAGAAACUGGCCCCAAUACUCCUAUGCCUUAAAACUGUAAGCGACGCAACCUUUGUUUUGUUUUGUCACGUUCCAGUGAAGGCGAAUUCACCCUCAUAUGUUCAAUCAUAGACAUGGACAGCCUUGUUUCUGUAGAACUCACUGCCAUUUACCUGAUAGGAAUAAAUAACAAUGUAUAUGGAAA